AUGUCCGGCUCUGAAGUCCAAGUAGCCGAAUUAACAGGACCCUUGCUGUUAGGCCAUUUCUUCAACUGGGGUCUAUUUGGCGCAUUGACGGUUCAAGUGUACAUAUAUUACCUCGCCUUCCCUCAUGACAGAUGGGUACCCAAAACCAUCGUUGCCAUAGCGUACACCCUCGAGUCCCUGCAGACCAUCUUCGCGACACGAGACGCUUUUCGAAAUUUCGGCACGGGAUGGGGUGAUAUGAAUGAUCUAGACAAGGUCGGCUGGUUAUGGUUUAGUGUGCCGGUGAUGAGCUCUAUCAUCAGUGUUUCUACUCAAAUAUUCUUUGCUUGGCGGAUAUGGAUGUUUAGCGACAAGUGGUGGCUGCCUUUGCUCGUCGUCUUGCUCGCUAUCACAGAAGGCAUCGCUGGCAUAUGGUCAGGUGUUUCUGCUCACUUUAUUGGAAUCUUCUCCAAGGUCCAGGAGCAUAACGAGAAGACAACCGCGGUUUGGUUGGGGGGAACCGCACUCUGCGACGUGAUCAUUGCAGCAAGCAUGAUUUACUACCUCACCCGGUCAAAGAGCGGUUUUCGAUCCACCAGCGUUAUCCUCGCCAAGUUCGUCAGGUUAACCGUCGAAACUGGCGCCGUAUGUGCGACUUUUGCGAUCCUGGACUUGGCAUUUUUCAUCGCGUAUAAGCAUAACAACUAUCACCUCGCGCCUUCUAUUGCGCUUUCCAAACUAUACUCUAACAGUCUCCUCGUGGUAUUUAAUGCCCGCAUACGCUUCGUCGGCGGAAGAGACAUCGGCAACGCCUCCGACGAUUGCUCACUAUCAUUCACAACCACUUCAUUCAACGCCACCACAUCUGCCACCAUGCCCAUACACCGGCAUAGCAGAGCGCCACAUCACACCAUAUCCGUCUCCGCCCACGAAACGACGACAACCGGGACGUCCCAAUCUAAUCUUGAUUCGGAAUUGGACAAUAAUAUCAUCACCAAGUUCCGGAAUGAAAGUGACGAUCCACUAGCGGAAAAAGAGAGCACAGACCCAGAAGCGUCACGACAUAGAAGAAGUGCUGAGCUGUACCCAUGA